AAACACAAUUGUCCUUUGAGAAAAAGAGAAUGGAAUAUCUGUUCCCUUGCUUGGGACAAGCUGAUACAACUUGCUAAUGGCUCCACCUUUGGAUCCCAUGGACUUGGCAGGCUCACAGGARCAAUAAAUCAGGCUGUACUGGGUGUCCUGCUGUAGUGGUGACUACGACCCCAGCAGGACCAAAGUUCUCCAUUUCAGCAUGAACCCCACGAGUYUGGCCAAGCAGCAGCGCAAGGAGGAGCAGCAGCAGCUGCAGGAGGAGUGUGAGAGGCUGCGGGAGCUCGUCAGGGUGCUCGAAGGAGGAGGCUCCAUCUCUGCCACUCGGGAAGGAGUUGGGAGCUUUCAGUCCCCACAAGAAGUUGCAGAGCUGAAGAAGCAAGUGGAAAGCGCAGAGCUGAAAAACCAGCGUCUGAAGGAAGUUUUCCAGACCAAGAUCCAGGAAUUCCGCAAGGUGUGCUACACAUUGACCGGGUACCAGAUCGACAUCACCACMGAGAACCAGUACCGCCUCAGCUCCAUCUACGCCGAGCACCAAGGGGACUGCCUGCUCUUCAAGGCCUCCAGCUCCUCCGGUGGGAAAAUGCAGCUCCUGGAGACGGARUUCUCCCGAACCAUCCGGGAGCUGAUCGAGCUGCACCUUCUGCGCCAGGACAGCAUCCCAGCCUUCCUCAGYGCCCUCACCCUGGACCUCUUCAGCCGCCAGACCAUCGCUUAGUGUCCCACUGCCAGCUCCACGCAGGGUUUGGCCCUCCUGGGCAGGACACUGGAGGUAGAGAGGAAAAGUUCUGGUGUUCACCAUCCUUAGUUUGUGGUGUUGGGUUGCUUCUGUUUUGCAGGGAAUUCCUUCUUCUUCCUUCUUUCAUGCUGAUUCACAAAUCUCACCAAUUCCUCUGAAAAGCAUCAUUUUCCUCCUGUGGGAAGGCAAGUCUAGCUCCAUCCUAGGGCUCUCCUGUGUCAAGACCCAAUCCCUGCCUUUGAGCUGGGCCUUGUGUUCAUCACUACCCAGAUUCUCAGCAUCUGCCUGGGAAUAUGGUGGGAACUGCUGGUUUGGGGUGCCCCAGCAUCACCAUUCACAGCUCUUCCCAAAAGGAUCCCCCAAAUCUGGGCUUCAGCAAACAGACAAACCUGCACGAGGCUGGGCUUCCUGCCCAUGGCUUUCCUCUUUUAAUGGGAUCCAAGGGCUUGUCCUCAAGGACAGGGACCCAGGGAAAGCCUCUUGCUCUUGCAAACAGCUCAUCACUCAAUAGCAAAGUUGCAAUUAUUUUUAAGAUAUCAGUGACCUGAGUCUGCCAUCACUCAGCAGACAAGCAUAAGCACAACUGGCCAUCAGAAACCCCCGUCCCCAUGCUCAGUCACUGCCAUGYUUUUGGUUCCUCACCGAGAUUUCAGGGCUCUUGGUUACCUCAGGACUGUAGAAAGUGGAAAGGAGCAGUUUGGGGUGUGUUCAAUGYUGGUGGCUUUAUCCUGCUGCCUGCCACCACUCUGUGGGUAUCUGUUUUGGAAUGUGUCCCUCCUCCUCCUCCUCCCCUCCUUGGGGACAUUUUGUGUUAUAAUGAUAUUGCUCUUCUGUCAUAAGAAUAAAGUGUCACUCCCCA